AUGGGCCGAAAGAAGAUUGAAAUCCGUCCCCUCACUGAUGAGCGCAACAGGAACGUCACAUUCCUCAAGCGGAAGGCUGGCCUGAUGAAGAAGGCGUGGGAACUGUCAGUUCUAUGCGCAGCCGACGUGUCUAUCGUCAUCUUCUCUGCUGCUGGCAAGGCGUGCGAAUUCUCGAGCAAGGAACUGGAUGAACAGAUCGAGCGCUACUUUGAAUAUGAGGGCAUGAUUGAACGCCGACGAGCCGCCGAAUUUGCAGCGAUGGCUCUGGCCGGUGAAGACGACGACGACGAUGACGAUGAGAAUCCUCGCCGGGGAGCGGGUUCGAAAGCGAAAGUUGGACCCAACGGGCAACCCGCCCCUACCCGAAGCCUCAAGGGCAAAGAGGUCUUCAAACCCCGGACCGUCCGUGCCCAGUCGUCAAGAGGCGAGGGCAGGGGCAGAGAGAGAGAGCGAGAGAAGAGGAAGAGAGACAAGGGAGGGGACAGAAAAGGCUUCAUCGAUGGGAUCGUUAGUGAGAGCAGCGAAACGGAAGAGGACGACAAAAGGUCCCGACGCCGAAAUGGGGGAUCACAAGGCUGCUCCUUGAGAAAAGACCCCCGUGCCAGGGAAGAGAGCGAGAGGUCUGCUGCUUCCCACAACAAGUCUCUUGAAGGCUUGCAGUACGCUCUCAGUAUGCACGCCUCAGCCCCCGACGCGGCAUCCGAACGGUCUCGACUGCGUCCUCCCCCACCCCAACAGACCGAUUCAUAUCUUGCCUCUCAUACCCCUCUUGCUGUGCCCCAAGCGCCCCGUCUAUCGUCAGACACCAUGCCCCACAGGAUGUCAAGCACUCCCACAUCAGCGCAAGUGCAGACACCUGGCUUGCCCGGCAGCCGUCACUAUGCGCCUUCGUAUGGGUCAUACAUGCCGCGCUCUUCCUUUCAGCCUCCACCCUCAGCGCCCUACUUUCCCUCGCUAUAUCCCCAGACCUCCCCCGGGAUCCAGUUCCCGGGGCAACCACCCAACUUUUCACCUCAGCCUGGACAAGUAACAAUGGGCCCCAAUGGUGCGCCCAUACACUGGGAUCAAAGCUUGCUUGCCAAGUAUGCCGAGUUCCAGUUGCAGCAAAAUCAUCAGCGUCAGCAGAGGUUGCUUUUGGAAAAGCAAAGGCAACAGUUGCAGGAGCUCGGUGUGCCACUGGAUGAAAAGAGUCUGUUGGAUGACAUCUUUGGCGGGGUGGGUGCCGCCAGGCAUGGUCAUGGAGGUGGGAGUAGCAGCGCUAAUGCGAUUGGAGAGGGAGGAGAUGACGGGAAUGGAGUAGAGUUCGUCUGGCCAUUGGGCAACAACGUUUCCAUGCCUGGAGGCGAAGAGGAUGGUCUGUCGCCUGCGCCAAAACACCCGACAACGCCUUGGGGGUUUGAGGGCUUUGAUGGGCUAGAUGAGUUGUCAGGUCAUGGCAUCAGUCUGCCUAGUCCAGUUUCGGCUGGUGCUGGUGACGGCCGGAAGAUGAGCGGGGAAGAAGAUGCUUUGGGCAAGAGGGCUCGAUUGAUAUAG